CUGGAUCGUCUUUUCCUUUACAGAGUGGACACUUUGCAAGAAAAUGGGACGAAUGCGCACAGGAGGGUGACCUGACAGGAGGACGGACAUUAACAGUGACCCCUGCGCGUCCAUUGGAUUGAAAAAGUUGGCAAACUGACAGUAGAAGAACUACAAUCUGUUGAUAUUCUUGCCAGGAAGACACAGUACAUAAAUCAUACCGAAACAAAUGCAUGCUCUCUCGAAACAAGAACAUUUGACUUUAAACCAAACUCCCCAAUGGACUCUCUGAAAGCAGAAACGGUUGUGUUGACGUCACAUGGGAUGAAGGACAACAUCAAGAGCCCCAACAUGCCUGAGGUGACUGUUCGUCUUUUGAUCAAUUACAACAAGUGCCACAAGACUGUAGUGAGAGUAAGCCCACAGGUGCCCAUAGAGAGGCUUCUUCCAGUGUUAUGUGAAAAGUGUGAUUUAAGAGUCAAGACAACUGUCCUUCUGCGAGACGAUCGGUCCCAUGAGCCACUGGACAUCAACAAGACUUUAAAUGAGCAUGGACUAAGGGAAUUGUAUGCAGAAGGCCGAACUGAUAAAAAUCAGUUGGUUGAUCAAUAUCAACCCAGUACAAAUGCAGCAGCCAAUGUGACUCCUGUACAACAUCUGGAAGACAUGCCCUUUAAGACAAAGAAACAAAAGGAGAACAACAACCUUCUCAGCUUGUUCCGAAGACUGAAGAAAAAAGCUGACAUGGAAGGGGCAGUAAGUCCUCUGACUUCUCCUGGUCUCCACAAACAAAAGUCUGCUGAUGCAACCAAACAGAAUAUUUCUUAUCCAAACACCCCGCGGGCAGAUAUGCUUAAAAAGAGGCAAGCACCAGCGCCCCCCAUGGGUGUAUCCCAGACCAUCCCUGACAACUUCAAUCAUCUCAAAGGAUCACAGGGAUCUGCUGCCUCAAACUUAAAAAACCCAAAAAGGAAGGCCCCGCCCCCUCCUAUUGUGAACACAUUACAGGACCUGCUAGUGGACACACCUGAUGAAAGUCAAAUGAGUGACCGUUAAACCUCUGGGUGAGUGCCUCGAUGACACAGAGUGGACAAUGACCUUCAUUGCACACCUCCACCCUCGCUCUGCCCACAACAACCAGAUUCUGAUUCAACAACAUGCAAGAUGUCAAUGUAUUCAGUUCUAGCUUCACCUAGACAUGAAGAGGAGCCAUCACAUAAACUGUGUUCUGAGUGCUAGAGGUCCACUUCUAGAAGUGCAUUCUCACUUGUUUCUAGAUAGGUGCGAGCAAGUACCCACUAAGCGAUGAGUGACAAGGUGGGCACAAUGAGUGGGACAAUAGUGUAAUCAGAACAUACAAGGAGGCCAUAAGAGCCCUUUUAGACAAGUUGCUCCACUUCCUUUGACCACAAAAUAUGAAGUUUGCUAAAAUGGUGUUAAUGGUGAAGACGAUCACAUCUCGAGCAGCCAAAAUUGAAUGUGGCUGCCUCAAAGCUAGCUGUACCACACGCUUGAUGCACACAUUGUGCACUAAAAUUCAUAUUGUGGCGACUAAAGGCCACCCUCAGGGAGAUAAUCCAGAAGACAAAAGAGAGACUGAGACAACAAUGUGAACCUGACAUGAACAACGAGAGCAUUGGUCACCAACCUUUUUGGGCCCAAGGUCCCCGGUCUUGACCAUGAACCAGGGAAAGAUCACCUUUUAAUGCAAUUUUAAAAAAAGACCACAUUCCUUACAAAUCAAGGCUUUUAUUUGGCAAUAAUAGACGCCUUAGCUGUUACCACAUUUCGUUUUGCUCAAACUUUUCAGUAGGAAAAAUAACACAUUUUGCAAUUAAUAGAAAAUAUGAAUUGCCAUGUAAUUUCUAAGCCUAUUAACUUGCUCAACUCAAGGCCUUCUAUUUGACAAUAAUACACACAUUUGCUGUUGCUACGUUUAGUUUUGCUCAAACUUUACUUUUGCAGUUAACUGAAAAUAUAAUUUGCCAUGUAAAUUCAAAGCGUAUGAACUUGCUUAAAGUUGCAACAUUUAGUCACUCAAGUCAGUGUGAUGGCUGUGACUGAACACUGUAAGUGUUUUGUUGCACACAGCUAGUCUGAGGCAGUCUGUGAGGUGUCUGUCACUAAGGCAGCUCCUGUACAUUGACUUUGUUAUUUUCAUUUGUGAAAAAGCCAUUUCACACAGGUAAGUGGAACCAAAUUAAGCCGCGAGUUUUAGUGCACAUGUAGUGAGAAAGGGGAUAUUCUCUUUGUUUACCAGUCCCCAAAAUGUGCUGUUCCCUGCUCCGGCUUUCAAUUCAAUGUCAUUUUGCAAAUCAAUUAUUUCCAUGUCAAUAUCAAUUUGUACACCAAAUGCAUGUUGGAAUUUUUCAGCUACCUGUUCUUCAUCAAUGAGCUGCAAAAGGUUUGACAUGACAU